AUGGCUAUGAAUAUCACAAAAGGCACCAGGGCUCUUGGAGCUUUAAGGCCCCUGGCAGCUCGCUCUGCCCUCAAUGCGCGCCAGUAUUCAACUUCCGAACCGGACCUCAAGACCACACUAAAGAGCGUCAUUCCCGCCAAGCGGGAGCUUCUGAAGAAGGUCAAGGCACACUCGUCUAAGACCAUUGGGGAGGUCAAGGUCGAGAACACUCUUGGUGGCAUGCGAGGCCUCAAGGCCAUGGUUUGGGAGGGCUCCGUCUUGGAUGCGAAUGAGGGCAUUCGGUUCCACGGCAGGACCAUCAAGGAUUGUCAAAAAGAGCUCCCCAAGGGAAAGACUGGAACAGAAAUGUUGCCAGAGGCCAUGUUCUGGCUUCUUCUUACAGGUCAGGUCCCGUCCACAAACCAGGUUCGCCAAUUCUCCCGUGAAUUGGCCGAGCAAGCUCAGCUGCCCGCCUUUGUCAACAAGCUUCUCGACGAUUUCCCCAAAGACCUGCACCCAAUGACCCAAUUCGCCAUUGCCGUCUCUGCUCUCAACUACACCUCCAAGUUUGCCAAGGCCUACGAGCAGGGUAUCAACAAGGCUGACUACUGGGAGCCUACUUUCGACGACUCCAUCUCGCUGCUGGCUAAGCUGCCCACGAUCGCUGCCAAGAUCUACCAGAACUCCUACCGUGGCGGCGGCGCUCUGCCCGCAGAAGUAGACCUGGAACAGGAUUGGUCUUACAACUUUGCUGCUAUGCUUGGAAAGGGUGGCAAGGCGAACGAGAACUUCCAAGAUCUCCUCAGAUUGUACCUCGCUCUCCACGGAGACCACGAAGGCGGAAACGUUUCCGCACAUGCCACUCACCUGGUUGGCAGCGCCCUUAGCGAUCCCUUCCUUAGCUACAGCGCUGGUCUCCAAGGUCUCGCGGGUCCUCUUCAUGGACUUGCCGCGCAAGAGGUUCUUCGGUGGAUCCUACAGAUGAAGGACAACAUUCCCUCGUCUUACUCUGACAAGGACGUCACAGAUUAUCUGUGGUCCACCCUCAACUCCGGCAGAGUUGUUCCUGGCUACGGCCACGCUGUCCUGCGGAAACCCGACCCUCGUUUCGAGGCCCUGAUGGAUUAUGCCGCCGCUCGACCUGAGAUUGCACAAGACCCCGUCUUCCAACUGGUGGAAAAGAAUAGUCGAAUUGCCCCCGAAGUGCUCAAGAAGCACGGCAAGACCAAGAAUCCUUACCCCAACGUCGACUCAAGCUCUGGAGUCCUCUUCCAUCACUACGGCUUUCACGAGACUCUGUACUAUACCGCCACCUUCGGUGUCUCCCGUGGCUUGGGACCUCUUGCUCAGUUGAUUUGGGACCGAGCAUUGGGAUUGCCCAUUGAGCGGCCCAAGAGCAUCAACCUGGAAGGCCUUCUGAAGCAAGCUGAGAGCUUGUGA